AUGAAAAUUGUAUUCAAGGAAUGUGAAAUCGUGAUGUGCCGUGUGCACGUUCGUAUCCUAUUCGUGUGUAUGACGGUCGAAAGGCAGCACAUAACGAAGAAAGUGUCCCGAGAUGAUUUCAGUGAAGCAGAAACAACAUCGCCGUGUUUUGGUUUGUGUUCACAUGGAUUAGAAGACUCGCUUCGAUGUUCAACACAUUAUGAAGAUUACAUUCCUCAUAAUUCCUUUUUGCAAGUAUUAGAACUAAGGCUAAACUUCUUGUCCCUCCACAACAAAUCUCCGGGAACAAGAUUCUCUCCACUGCACAAACAAAGAUAUAAGCAUAUCGAGUUGUAUCAUCAUAAUGUUCAUACAUGUUUUGCCUUUACUGCUUUUCAAAUGGACAAAGUUUUCCUUCUCCAAUGUCGUAGAUAUAAGUACGUCUAUAGAAGGAAGCAUCUCAUCUACUUUUGCCCCGUUGACGACGACGACAACGACGACGUUCGUUGUCCGCUUUUAGAUGUAUGCACAUACAUAUAUUUUGGGGAUGCUUGGGUUUUGGUUAUUUUGAAGCAGCAAAGCAAAGCACAGCAUCACAGCAGAGAACACAUCGGACGGUCAUUCGAGCAUAAAUUGAACGAUGGUGGGGUGAGUGAAGUGAGAUGA